CGUUGUCUCUUGCCCACACCAUCAUACAAGGAAGCCAACCAUCAUCGGGUUCACCAGCUAUUCAGAGUUUCUAUCGCAUCCUCCCGUCGCCUCAUCUACCCCGAAGGCUUAUUGACUUUCUGUAAGUGCUUUUCUCUCCGGUCGAUCCUCAUUUCGCAACCUUUACUCGUACGGCUAGGCUCUUGUGUGGCAUAAAAGCCCCAUAUCAUCCGCACGGCAAAACCUGACUGUUCGCCAUUCUACAUGACGAAUAAAUGAAACUACUGCUUAGAGAGACUAGGCAUCGUAUGGCGCCCCAAGUCUCAUGAAGAUCUGGACACUAAAAACAAUCCCAAUGAUGUUUUACACAUCAACGAUAAUCGGAGAUAGGUCCAGGAGUUCUCAUAAAGUCUGGCGGAGUAACUUCGAGGAGGGGGUUCCCUGUUCUUGCUUCGCUCGUGAGGACCUGCCUCUCCCUGUCCCACACGUCUUGCAUUAUCCUGGAUCCGCUCGCCGACGAAUUAUCUGGAAUAUAUCUACCUUUAACAUGAACAAUAAGCUUCGUGGGGUCUGGUACAUCUCUACGGAGGAAAUAAGUGGAGUUUCCCUGGAUAAAGCUAUUGACACUUUAUCGGAGGAGCAGCCGGGUCACGUCGGUCUCCAACUUCGAGAAUAUGUGAAGAAGAUACGAAGCGUUCGAGGACGCACUCUCAGAUCCAUCACAGGACAACCCCACCGAACAUUUCCUGUCUCACCUUUUUACCAACCUCGGGAAACGUUUGAGAACUUUGCAGACUUUCGCGAAUACCUCUUCGCUCUCUUGUUCGCGUGCAAGUGCCUCACACCAAAGCACAUAGAUGAACUAUUCUGUGCAUUCUUUCGAAAUGCCUCAAUGCGCUUCGCUCACGCCGACCCUGCACCAAAGAAUACCAUGGCCGAUGGAUCUACGAUAACUGGCAUAAUCGAUGGGGUUUUGGCUGGAUUCUAUCCUGACUUCUGGGAGUAUUGCUGUAUGCAUGAACCGCUUUUCAUGACUCCUGCUUGGGAUAAAGAGUGUUUUUCCUGGUGAUCGACGGCGGAGGGACAUUGAUGCAGUCACCACAAUUUUACGUUCUAUCGCUACCUUUCUCUAGGUCCCGCAAUAUGUGGACUGCUACGAUAUUGUCUAUGUUUACUAGGUGAAUCGUUCUACGCUGAUCUGCUCUGAUGGGGAGUGUUUCUACUGAGGACUCUAGGGCACUGCUGUCAACUGCGACGUCUUUGCCUUUCUUAUUCGUCCCAUGCUACCAUUGUUUCGCAACAUUCGUCUUCAUGGUGGGUACCCCGGGACUUCGCAUUCAACUGCAAGUGUGAAGAGGCCACAAGAGAUACAUGCAUUUCGCGCUACUAGAGGAGAUUAUGAUUUGAACGGGCCUGGAAGGUAUGAAUGGUAACAAUCUCAUGCUUGAUUCCUCGUGCACAUCCUCAUCCUGAUACUACCUGUGGCGUAGCACGUUGUUUGCACGACACGGGAACUACCUGCUAACGGUACAGUUUGUUCCUGCGAUCAUCAUCAUAUGACCAUCAUCAGCACCGAUUCUCACAUCUGGACAACGUUGAAAUCGCGCUUUUUGUCUUCUCGCUGGUAGUUGUGGCUGUCGUGUCUACUAAGAGUGUUGAUGACAGCUGACUUCGUCUGUCAUGAGUCCUUUCUAUUGUCAUCGAUCGUGCAAGACAUGGCCCACGAGGCUUCCUGACAGUCAACUUUCAGUUAAUCUCACUGUAGUCUGCUGCUACCCAUCAAUAUGAUUGACCUGAAGCACCUGAACGUGCUUUCAGCGUUUACUU